AAGCCAACCUCAACAUCGACGGCCUCAUUUCCAAAAUUGAGAAAAUAUUUUCGCAAUUUCCAAAUGAAAGGGCCACCAUUGAAGACAUGGGGCUGGUCGCCAAGGCCUGCGAGUGUCCCCUCUACUGGAAAAUGCCAUUGUUCUGCUCAGCUGGAGGCGACAGGACGGGUUUCGUCUCAGUACACAAGUUUGUGGCUAUGUGGAGAAAAACGCUGCAGACCUGUCAUGAUGAUGCUUCUAAAUUUGUGCACCUCUUGGCCAAGCCUGGCUGUAAUUACCUGGAACAAGACGACUUUAUUCCAUUCCUGCAGGAUGUAGUGAACUCGCAUGCAGGCCUGGCCUUUCUGAAAGAAGCACCGGACUUCCACUCGCGAUAUAUCACCACGGUAAUUCAGAGGAUAUUUUACAAUGUGAACCGGUCAUGGACUGGAAAAAUAACCUUUUCUGAGCUCAGGAAAAGUAAUUUUCUUCAGAAUGUGGCGCUGCUGGAGCAGGAGGAAGACGUGAACCAGCUGACGGAAUACUUCUCCUACGAGCAUUUUUAUGUGAUCUACUGCAAGUUCUGGGAGCUGGACUCUGACCACGACCUCUACAUUGACCAGAAAGACCUGGUGCGGCACAAUGACCAAGCCAUUUCCCAGAAAUUGAUUGAAAGGAUAUUCUCAGGAACAGUUACAAGGGACAGACGGGUGUAUAAGGAGGGAAGGCUAAGCUACGCUGAUUUUGUUUGGUUCCUCAUUUCUGAGGAAGACAAGAAAACCGACACCAGCAUAGAGUACUGGUUCCGCUGCAUGGACCUGGACGGGGACGGGGUGCUCAGCAUGUAUGAGCUGGAGUACUUCUACGACGAGCAGUGUCAGAAACUGGAGGCCAUGGCCAUCGAGCCCCUUCCGUUCGAGGACUGCCUCUGCCAAAUGCUCGACCUCGUCAAGCCCGAGGUGGAAGAUAAGAUAACCCUGCGGGAUCUCAAGAGGUGCAAGUUGGCCCACAUCUUCUUUGACACUUUCUUCAACAUCGAGAAGUACCUGAACCACGAGCAGCGGGACCCCUUCUCUGUCAUCAGGGAGGCUGAGACGGACGGCCAGGAGGUGUCAGACUGGGAGAAGUACGCAGCAGAGGAGUACGACAUACUGGUGGCAGAGGAGGCUGAAAAUAAUCAGUGCAACGAUGUGAACACCACUGACCUCUAAAGACAGGCAGCUCCCCAGAGAGCAGGUAAGACACUCAGGGUUUCAGCAGGGACAAA